AUGAUCACAGGGAAAGUUUUGUCUAAAAAUGAUGGUGCAGUGCUCUCCAAUCCUACAAUGUAUCGAAGUGCAAUAGGAGCAUUACAAUAUUUAUGUCAUACUCGGCCAGAUAUUGCUUUUGCUGUAAAUAAGUUAAGUCAGUUCCUACAGUGUCCAACAACUAGUCAUUGGAGUGGAGUUAAAAGGGUCUUAAGAUAUUUGAAGGGCACGUUACAUUAUGGAUUGCAUCUUGGCUACUGUGAAAGGCUGGUUCUUGUGGGAUAUUCAGAUGCCGACUGGGCAUGCUGUCCCGAUGAUAGGAGAUCGAUUGCUGGGUACUGCAUCUACUUUGGUGACUCGCUCGUAUCAUGGUCAUCCAAGAAACAAGCUGUUGUAUCAAGAUCAAGUACUGAAUCUGAGUAUAGAGCCUUAGCUCAUGUGGCAUCUGAAAUUACUUGGAUUGAAUCAUUGCUGAAAGAAUUCUGUUUCCAGCUGCCAGGAAAACCAAUAACUUGGUGUGACAACAUUAGCGCUAGUGCACUUACCUCCAAUCCAGUGUAUCAUGCCAGAACAAAGCACAUUGAAAUUAACAUUCAUUUUGUUAGAGACAAGGUACUGAAGAAAGAGCUUGAAAUCAGAUACGUUCCAACCUCAGACCAAAUUGCAGAUUGUUUGACAAAGAGUAUCUCUCAUUCAAGGUUUCAGGUUUUAGUUGACAAACUUGGUGUGAGAAUGUCACCCCUUCGUUUGAGGGAUGGUGUUAAGAACCUGACCAAUACUUGA